CAUGACGUGAAUGCACCAUGAUCCUCUAGAGAAGUUCUACACACAGACAGACUUUCCAAAUCUGAUGUGAACUGCUUUGGAUACUUCACAGUUUUUAACUGUUUGAGGGAUUGAUGACCAUCAAAUUUGAAUCCCAGCAACAUUCCUUCUAAAACAGCGUUGAAGGACAGGAUUGGUGAGAUAAACACAGUCGUUCAUCUGAGGAGAUACCUGUGGGGGAUUUGUUGGACAAAGAACAACGUUUCAACACUAAACACUCACACAAAAUAAAUUCUGGAUGUCACAGAGCUAAGGACACACAAUUCCAGGGGACCAUCUAAGGAUUGUCCAAGUUGUCCAACCCUGUCCUUACCCUGUCCACUACUGAAAGCCAUCUGAGUCCAAGGACCCAUAUAAUGACAUCAUAAAUGUAAAAUCAAGCAGUGAAUAAGAGUACAUCAUUGUACAGAAGAGACCCACAGUGGAAUUAAACAUCGUAUAUCAGAGGCGAUUACUGUUGGAUCUGAGAGUUUGGAGUCAUGUCUCCAUUCCUGAGGAUUGGCUUUUCCAACUUUGAGAUGGACCCUGGGCUUGCCUACCAUGAGGAAGUGCUCAAUCCAUACUGCGCUGUAUACAUGAAAGAGGCAGUGGAGACGGAAAAGGGUCAGUUGUACAAGCAGAAGCGGCCCACCAUGUAUCCCCCCUGGAGCAGCACGUUUGACGCUCACGUCCACAGGGGACGAGUGAUGCAUGUGGUGGUCAAGGACAAGACGGCAGAGCUGAAGACCGAGGCCACAGUCCAGCUCGACACCCUCGCCUCACGCUGCAAGAAAGAGAAUGGCAAACUGGAGAUCUGGGUUGAACUGAAACCACAGGGUCGGUUACUGAUGGAAGCACGCUAUUUUUUGGAAAGAAGUGACGCUGCGGGUCAUGGUGAAGGUGAUGGAGAGAGUGAACGGGAAAAAGAUGGGGUGUUCGCUCUGCAUCACAGACGUGGAGCCAUCAAACAGGCCAAAGUUCAUGUGGUCAAAUGUCACGAGUUCACUGCCACCUUUUUCCCUCAGCCUACGUUCUGUUCCGUCUGCAAGGAGUUUGUCUGGGGCCUGAAUAAACAGGGAUAUCAGUGUCGACAAUGUAACGCUGCAAUCCAUAAAAAGUGUAUUGACAAAGUAAUCGCCAAAUGCACAGGUUCGGCGAUAAACAGUAAAGAAACCAUGAUCCACAAAGAGCGCUUUAAGAUUGACAUGCCUCACAGAUUUAAGGUGUAUAACUACAAGAGUCCGACGUUCUGUGAGCACUGUGGGACUUUGUUGUGGGGUAUCGCUCGGCAGGGCCUUAAAUGUGAAGAGUGUGGCAUGAACGUUCACCAUAAAUGUCAGAAAAAAGUAGCUAACCUUUGUGGUGUCAACCAGAAGCUAAUGGCAGAGGCUCUGGCUAUGAUUGAGAGCACUCAACAGGCUAGGAGCUCCAGGGAUAGUGAGAUCAUUGGUCAUGAGGGGCCGGUUGGCAUAGGCCAGGCAGAGGUCAUCCGAGAGCCCUCUGCCCACAUACCGAUUUCUCCACUCACACCUGCACCAGCAGUACCAUGCAAAGAGCAGCAGGGUAUAGCAUGGGACGCCCCAACAGAGGGUGGCAGACCAAGCCUGACUGAAGAACCUGAGCCAUUGUACGCUACCCCACGCAAAGAGCUCCACAAAUUCGUCCUAGAGAACUUCAUUCUGCACAAGAUGCUGGGCAAGGGAAGCUUUGGAAAGGUGUUCCUAGCCGAGUUGAAGGGAGCAGGGCAGUACUUUGCGGUAAAGGCGCUGAAGAAAGAUGUAGUUCUGAUGGAUGAUGAUGUUGAAUGCACUUUGGUGGAGAGGAGAGUGCUGUCUUUGGCUUGGGAACACCCCUUCCUAACACAUCUCUACUGCACCUUCCAGACCAAGGAAAAUCUAUUCUUUGUGAUGGAGUACUUAAACGGAGGCGACCUAAUGUUCCACAUCCAGACCUGCCACCGAUUUGACAUCCCACGAUCCACGUUCUACGCUGCUGAGAUCAUCUGUGGGCUGCAGUUUCUACAUACUAAAGGCAUUGUGUACAGAGAUCUUAAGCUGGAUAACAUUUUGCUGGACAUUGAAGGCCACAUCAAAAUCGCAGAUUUUGGCAUGUGUAAAGAGAACAUGUUUGGGGAAGCUAGAACAUGCACCUUCUGUGGAACUCCAGACUACAUCGCCCCUGAGAUUUUGCUUGGGCAGAAAUAUGGGACCUCUGUAGAUUGGUGGUCGUUUGGUGUACUACUUUAUGAGAUGUUGAUCGGCCAGUCACCGUUCCAUGGGCAUGACGAGGAAGAGCUGUUUCAGUCGAUUCGUACAGAUGACCCAUGCUACCCACGCUGGCUAACUAGAGAUGCACGGGAUAUUCUUGUUAAGUUAUUUGUGAGGGAACCAGAGCGGAGGCUUGGUGUAAAAGGAAAUAUACGGCAACAUGCGUUCUUCAGAGAUAUAGACUGGAAUGCACUAGAGAAACGGCAGGUGGAACCGCCCUUCAAACCAACUGUGAAAUCAGCCAGUGACUGUAGUAACUUCGACAAGGAGUUUAUAAAUGAGAAGCCUCGACUUUCAAUCACAGAUCGCACCCUUAUCAACAGCAUGGACCAGAGCAUGUUUAACAACUUCUCCUUCUUUAACCCUGUUAUGGCCCGCCUCAAGAACCUUUGACCUAGAACCCUGCAUUUAUUAAAGACAUUCAUACACACAUACUGUGAAUAGCUCAAAACCAAAAUGCAAACACUUACCUGAAUAUUGUUACAGUCUCAAGUCAAGCACAUUUCAUGGCAUGGACAGUGAAUAACAUUCAAAAGAGUUUAAGGAGAGGAUAAGCACCAAGCACACAAGCUAGCAGUGGAAAGUCUUCUACAGAGUAUAAAACAUUUCCAUACUUUCAGCAGUCUUCACAAGACUAAUUCCCAUCAAAUUUAAUUCAGCUGAGAGCUAAGAUAACAUGAUUAAGAUGAAAAUGGUCAAGAAAUUAUUUUUCUUUGAUCUGUGUUUAGUAUUCAGGCAUAUUCUAAAUUUUGAUGAUUUUGUGAUAUUUCACAACCUAUUCGUGGAAAAUGGCAGAACUUAAGAAAUGUAAUAGAAAUAUAUUUAAUGGUGGCAAACUUUCCCAAAUUAUUUAAACCACUGUUUGUAUUUCUGUAAAAAGUAUUUAACUUUUAGAUCAAAAUACUUGUGCCCAGUUGUGCAUCCAUUUAUAAUCAACAGAAAAAAUGAAAUCCAUUUCUAUUGUUUUGUAUCAGAAUAAAUGUGUUGGUGUCUGUGUGAGUUUGCUUAAGUAUUAUUUGGAAUAACAGAAAGUUUGUGAAAGUCUUCUUUAGCCAAUGAGCUUUUCUGUGAUUUUACAUGAAACUGGACAAUGAAAAUUACUGUACUAAUAACCAGUUUUGUUGUGUUCCAUAAUAGGCCUUUAUCACAGUCAUAGUCAAUUGAUGUAUCUAUGGACAAUCUCAGUAUUUCUAAAUAAAUUAAGCUAACUUGGAUGCA